ACAUGAGAAAACUGUAAAUGUAAUUCUCCAACCUUGGACGCGACGGUUUGUUAGAAAUCAUGUCGAAACAUGCCCACAAAAUUGGUGCUUUGCUGUUCUGCCCAGAUUGUGGGACUCUUCUUAACCUUCCUGCGGACAAUGAGACAGAGGUGAAGUGUGAGCAGUGUGGGCGUAAAGAGCCAGCUAGCUCGUACGAGGAUAUCGAAAUCAUCACUCGUUCCCAUCCCGAUGCCUUCCCUUCUGCUUUAGCUCAGAAGAGGAAGACUCAAACAAAGGUUCAUGAAGGCGAGGACCUGAAUUUACUGAAGGUUACAGAGAAAUGUCCUAGCUGUGGGCAUAUGGAGGCUUAUUCGAAGGAGCUGCAGUUGAGGAGUGCCGAUGAAGGUUCAACUAUUCUGUACACUUGUGUCAAAUGCAGAUUCGGUUGGCGUAUCAACAACUAAACAUAAACAUCCACACUUGGGGUCUCGACUGUCCAAGUCUCGGACUCUCGCAUCAGGUCCUCUGAAGAAGGGUAUAUUCCAAGUCAAGUGCUGACAACUACACGUACACGCCUACAGAGCAGAAGAGCGCCACGACCCCGAACCCGCCGAGGAGACUGGCUGUAGAAGCGACUGCGACCUCUCGAAUAGGGAUGGUGUCUUUUGGUAGCCUGCAGAGACGUGUCAAGUUAGUAGGAGAUAAUGAUGUACAUCAGCGUGGGGGUGAUUUGGGUGAAAUGCUGAAGCUGAUACUGACGU